CAUGCCUGCAGUGAUGCACCUCACCAUGCUGCUGUCCCUGUUUGCAGUGACAGUUUAUUCAGCAAACAGCACAACUUCCUCUGCAGCUAAACAGUCGCCAGAGACAACCACAGGUGUAGUUCAACACACCAGUUUGGCUGUGACAAAGGAUGUCACUUCAUCCACUAUGAAACCCACCAACACACAGCAGAGCACCACAGCAGUCACUACAGAAAAAGUGUCACCACCGCCCUCGACUCCUCCGCAAACACCCAACAGGACAGAAGAAACACCUCCGAACACUCCUCCUCAGACUACUACCACCAACCAGACGUCCAAUGAGACAGUUUCCCACGUAACGACACUCCCACCAACAUCAUCAAACGUCACUGCAACCACCACCAUAAACACAACUGGCCCAGCUCUUUCACACAAUUGGAAAAAAGAUGACUUGGCAGCAAAUCCCGGCCUUGUGGCCAUCCUUUGCAUCUUCUGCAUCGUCCUCGUCCUCGUGCUCGUGGUUGCCACUGUGAAAUGUAUCCGAUCCCCGAGGUCCAACUUUGAGAGGCUUGACGAUGUGCCACUAGGCAAUGUGAACGAGGAGUCUCCGUUCGCCCAUUACUCAAAAUGACAGAAGCAUCAGUCACUGAAGUCCAGGGGGAGUUCAGUCUGCUGUACAACUCUGAUGUUUCUGGACAGAAAAAAACACAGGAAUGUCGUCCAUGCACAACAAAAAGACAGGUUUUAUGUUUUUCUCUCAGGGUCUUAUUUCUUUACAUAGCACUUUUGUCAAUGACAGUGGAGUAUUUGUGCCCCAGCUUUGAUUGUUGACUUGCUCAUUUGGCUGCUUUUAAAUGUGCUGAUUUAGGCUCUGAAACUUAAUCAACUGUUGCACUAACUCUUCCUCCAUAGUUUCUUUUGAAAAGAAAAUCAGGGUAAAAGUGUACGGCAUUGUAAGCACUUACAAUUCAUAAUUACACUCUUACGUAAAAACAAGUUAUAACAACACAGGAAAGUUUCCAAAAUGAUUUAGGGAUUACAUAUGAAGAACAUAUGAAGACUUAGUAGUAGCUAGAAAUAAUGCCAACAAGUGCAGGUACAAUUAUAGUUUGACUUUCCUCUGUUAGACUGUAAUCCUGUCCAAUUACAUUAUUUCUGCCUUUAAUAAACUCAAACUCAAAACUAGUUAACAGUUCAAAGACAAAAUAGUUUUCACAUCUCUUCACAUAAAAAGUUCCAUCCAUCCAUCCAUCAACAACCGCUUAUCCUGCGUACACUGUCGCGGGACAUAAAAAGUUGACACAUGUAAUCUUCUACCAUUUUUUUCCCUGUGUGGCAAAGCUGCCACACACAUUCAUUCAUUUGCCCAUAUGUGACUCAGAUCUGAUCUUUUUAUAACAGUGUGAACAGGCCAAGUCACAUGGAAUCUGAUCUUUUCCAGUUCGGAAAUGGGCCACUUCCAUAUGUGGUCCUAAUCCGAUACAGAUCGGAUCUUUUUAAAUGCGAUCUCAGUCUGGAUACUCAGGUCGCAUUUGAUGCGACUUCUUCCAAUCAAGAAUUAAAUAUUCAGACUACUUUCAUGCUAUUUUGGCCUACAGUAAUUUUGCUGUAGGGCAACAUGUUCAGGGAUGCUGUAAAUCCAUGCUUUUAAAAAUCUGGGUCACACUCCGUGUGCAUUAUACAAUUUCUGUCAGACAGAUGUAACAUAGAAAAGUGUGAUGUUUACAUUGAAAUAAAAUUAAUAUUCCCAAAACACA